AACGCUCUUGAAAAUCAGGUAUCUUAUUUAGAUGCUUCAGUAUGGGGGUAGGAACCUAAAUCUAGGCUCCAUGGCUACACUACAUCUUAAGUUGUCAUAGUUAUGUCACUCAUGGGUGUGAAUUGGCCACCCUCCUGAGCAACGUAACUUAUGCCGAUGUAAGUGUUGGUAUGGACAAUGCUAUGUCGGUGGGAAAGUUUCUCACACCAACAUAGCUACCGCCACUCGCUGGGGCUGGAGUUGCCGACAGGAGACCCCUCUCCCGUCGACUUAGAGCGGCUACACUAGAGAGCUUACAGUGGUGCCUUUGACACCAUUUUUUGAAAAUCUUGGCUAUACAAGUCUAACUUUGAACUUUCUCAGACCUGUCUAAAUCGUAAUGUGUAUAAGCCUCUGUUAAAGUGUGUGGGGUUUUGUUUAAAAAGUUUGAGGGGUUUUUUUUCUUUUAAAUGUCAAUGUAGAAACCUUUGAAUAUCAUCGCUGCCUCUACAGAUUGAAGAUGACUGACAGAGUGAGAGAGAAACAGAGAUAGUGAGUUUACCAAGUGAACUGUGCUCAGCAACCGUGUCUAAGGAACUCCGACUUCAAAAAACUAUGAAGUUAGGAAGAGGUUUUCUCAGGUUUUGGAAGUAAUAGAGUACUUGGUCACUAACUCCUCACCUGAAGGACGGUUGUAUGCUUAAACUUGGAAGGCUCUACGUUGGGGUUCUUCAGCUCUCUUAAUUCCCAGAUUCUCUUUCCCAGAAGAAAUGGACCCCGUGUGUGAGAAGCAUCCAAGUCAAUAAUGGGACAACGAUAACAUUGAAAGUCUGCUGGAGAAGAAUCGCUAAUUCUUAUAAGUGGUUUUUGGGUUUUUUUCAUCCCUUAUAAAACAAACCACCUUAAAAUCUGCAAACAAAAUGCCAGCUAAGACACCCAUCUACCUGAAAGCUGCCAAUACUAAGAAAGGGAAGAAAUUCAAAUUAAGGGAUAUUUUGUCUCCUGAUAUGAUCAGUCCACCACUCGGAGACUUUCGCCACACCAUACACAUUGGGAAAGAGGGACAACAUGAUGUUUUUGGGGACAUUUCAUUUCUGCAAGGAAAUUAUGAGCUGUUACCUGGGAACGAGGGAACACCAAGAGUUGGUCAGUUUGGUGGACAUAAUGAGUUCUUAAGGGCAAACAGCACCUGUGACUCCAUGUUUACAGAAACUCCUUCACCCGUGCUCAAAAAUGCCAUCUCGCUUCCUGCCAUUGGUGGUUCUCAAGCUCUUGUGUUGCCCUUAUUGUCACCAGUGACAUUUAAUUCGAAGCGGGACUCCUUUGGGCCAUCAAAGAAUCCAAGGCUUAGUUGUGAGCCAGUAAUGGAAGAAAAAUUGCAGGAGAAAAGCAAACAGUUGGAGAAUGGGGAAAUGUACAAAGAUGACAUCCUAUGGGAGCCAAAUAGUUCUGGAUUGCAUUAUACUAAUGGCAGAGAGAGUCAUUCAUCCAGCCUUUCUGAACAGUGCACUGAUUGGCAAACAGUUGACUUACUUGAUGACAGUCAUCUCUCAUGUGAACUAACCAAGGCAGAGACUAAGUCAGAAGAAUCCCUGUCAGAUCUUGCAGGCUCACUUCUUUCAUUGCAGCUUGACCUGGGACCCUCACUUCUGGAUGAAGUCCUCAAUGUAAUGGACAAAAAUAAAUCCUAGGACUGUUGUACUUUUUUGCCUCUUUGUAAAUGAUACAUUUAAAAAAAAAACUGAAGAAUAUAUAUAUUAAAAGAUCAGCUGUAUUUGCAGUUGUUUGGGUUUUCUAAAAAUCUUAAAAAUAUUUUUUUAUGUUUUUAAUGUUUUUUUGUUUUUUGGGGUUUUUUUUAAGUAUGGUAAAUAUCUUGUAGCAGGAGGAUACAUUUUAAUAAAAGUUUUCAGCAACCAUACAAAUAUCUUUCAGAUACCAGUAUUAGUUAUCAAAAAAUUAAGAAAUGUUGUUUGGGGAUAAUAAUACUACUUGUGACCAUUAGCUUAACUGACCUUCAGUGGUUUUUGAGUAAUCCAUCUGUAAGCAUCAACUAGAGACUUAUGAGGUGAAGAAUAAAUAUUAACUAUUUCAACAUUGUGUUACAUCUAAGAUUCUUUCUAGAAUCUUAAAUUGUUUAAAUUAGUACUACUUCUUUUAGCUGCACUGUAACUAGUUCUUCAGUGUUAAACAAUUGCUCUGUGUCCAAAUAUGAACAAAUUGGGGUGAUUCAGUUUAAAUAUGGGUCAGAGCCUCAGGUGCUAAGGUUCUGGCCCUAUAUCUAUAGAUCAGAUCAUAGACAAUAGGUUGUAAACACAGGUAACACAAGCAAAAUAUUACUGUGUUUAAAUUAUUUUAAAAGUUAAAAUAUAUAUUUUUGUGCUUAUUUGGCUUUUUUUUUUUUUUCCUGCAGUCUACAUUUACAGAUAGAGUAUCAUCAAAGUAGUUGCUUGACUUCAUUGGCGGUCCUCUGUAAACUGUAUUUUUGAGUGUGAAAAAAUAUGUAUUGAUAACUUAGCUUUUUCCUUCAUUUACUACCAGAAAUGCUUAAACUUGCAUCUGAUUGUCACCUUUUAAAGAAGGCACUGAUUACUCACAGUGUGUAAAGAGACUGUGCUGCAAUGUGAUGUUUUGGGAAAUGUGGAUCCUUAACUACACUACAUACAUAAAUUGCAUAGAUACUCUGAGCAAUACA